AUGGGUUCCCAAGACGACUUCGAAUACGCCCUGAAGUCCAAUGAGUCAUGGGCGAACUACAAAUCGCAUCAAAACCCGGGUCUCUUCGAGAAGCUCGCAAAUGGCCAAUCGCCAAAGAUCCUCUGGAUCGGCUGCUCCGACUCCCGCGUCCCCGAGACCACCAUCCUCGGCCUGCACCCCGGAGACGUCUUCGUGCACCGCAACGUCGCGAACAUCAUCUCACCCACAGACAUCAACUCGCAAGCCGUGAUCGAGUACGCAGUUGUCCACCUCAAGGUCUCGCACAUCGUAGUCUGCGGCCACAGUGCGUGCGGCGGAUGCGGUGCCGCUCUUUCUGACGCGAGAGUUGGAGGUGUGAUCGAUGCGUGGAUCACGCCGCUCAAGGCGCUGCGGAAGCAAAACGAAGAAGAGUUGAAGGCGAUUAGGGAUGAGAAGAAAAGGGCUGUUAGGCUGGCGGAGAUGAAUGUGAAGAGUGGCGUGGAGAGUUUGCUCAGCACGUAUUUUAUUGAGGAGGCGGUCAGGGAGAGGGGGCUGAAGGUCCACGGGUGCGUGUAUGAUGUUGCUUGUGGCCGGAUGACAGAUCUGAAGUGUGGGAAUGCGGGGAAGAAGGGCGUUGCUGGCGUGAAAGAGGACGAGACGGAGAUUGUGAAGGGGAAUCAUGGGAUGCUGGUCUUUGGAGGAGAUGGCGCUAGUAUGACGAUUCGAUGA